GCAAAGGCUGUAAGUUAUCUUCUAUCGCUUCAAAAAUGGAAACCCUUGUGUUGGUUCAGCGUAAAGUCAUAAUACCAAACAAAUAUGGUGAAAAACUUGUGGGCAUAUUGCAUGAAACUGAAUCUCCGGAGAUUGUAAUCAUAUGCCACGGUUAUCGGUCCUCGAAGGGAGAUAAUAUUAUGGUGAACCUUGCUGUUGCAUUGGAAAAUGAAAGAAUCAGUGCCUUCCGUUUUGACUUUGCUGGAAAUGGUGAAAGUGAAGGUUCAUUUGAGUAUGGUAACUACUGUAGAGAGGCUGAUGACUUACAUGCUGUAGUCAAACACUUCUCUGGUGCAAACCGUAUAAUAAGUUCAAUCCUUGGGCAUAGUAAAGGAGGCAAUGUGGUACUACUGUAUGCUUCAAAAUAUCAUGAUAUCGACACAGUUGUCAAUGUUUCUGGCCGUUAUGAUCUGACAAAAGGCAUUGAAGAACGCUUCGGGAAAGACUUUAUGCAAAGAAUCAAAGAGGAUGGAUUUUUUGACAUUAAGGAUAAAAAAGGAGGUGUUAAUUACCGUGUGACUGAGGAAAGUUUAAUGGAUCGCUUAUGUACAAAUAUGCAUGAAGCAUGUCUUCAGAUUCCCAAAGAGUGCAGGUGA